AUGACGUCAAGCGAGGUGCACGGCCACAAACUAUCAACAAUCAACAAUGCCAUAUCUCGCUUGAAAUCACCGACAAUGAACGAGUCACAACAGACCUUAAUGAAAUCACCAAGGCAUCCAGUAAACGCAAGAGUUCAAGCAGAGGGCGAAACUGCUGCAGUGUACUUAACCUCUCUUAGACUUCUUGCAGACAAAUGCAACUUCGGAGACAACCUCAAGAACAGGCUCCUAGUCAAAUUUGUAAAUGGGCUCAACUCCGUCAACCUCAAAAAAAAGUUGUGGGAGAAAAGUGACUUAACCCUGGAGGAUGCCAUCAAAUGUACAAGACUGCACAAUCCCAAUUACUGCCCUGCCCGGUAUUGGAAAUGCUUCAAUUGUGGAAUCCAAGGCCACACGUCCACCGCCUGCAACCAAGCCAAAGCAGUGUUGGAAGAAUCCACCGAUGAGGAAAUCGAAGAAAUCAUCGUGGGAAGGAUAUCCAAUGCUCACCUACCAAUCAUCAAGUCAACAAGCGACCUCCAAGUCCGCAACAUUCCCUCCGCGCAAUUAACCUUAGCACCGACUUCUUCUGAGUCACAAUCUAACCUCUAUGUGUACCGUGUAACCAACAACCCAUUACUGGGAAAUAUAGUUAUAAAUGAUAAAAGCGUUGAGUGCGAAUUCGACUCGGGAUCAGCAGUGUCACUAAUGUCUCUCAGUAAAUUUUCUGACAAAUUCCCGGAAUCUAAAGAAGAAAAAUGCACAUCGCGCUUAUGGAAUGUUGACGGACAGCCAUUAAACACUAUAGGAGAAAUUAAGGUAACAGUUUUCGUUCAACCCAAUAGAUACACCAUCAGGCUGAUUGUUGUCAAAUUUGCUAAACCAACUAAAAUGCUGGUCGGGAGAGAAUGGCUUGAUACCAUAUCCCCGAACUGGCGACACAACCUGCUAGGUUCCCUACUUAAUGAUAAGGCCAUAAGCCAAAACUGCAGUAACAUUUCAGUCAAACAUACCCAAGAAAAACACAUUGAUGGAAUCAAACUUCGAUUUCCCCACGCUUGUAGCACAGAUAAGUCAACCAGUAUUCGGGGCUAUAAAGCUCAACUUGUAUUAAAAGAUGAUGUCCGACCUAUUUUCCACAAAUUUUAUGAAAUCCCAUUUAGUCAAUCGGAAGAAGUGCAUCAAAUAAUCAUGAAUUUAGUAAAAUCUCAAAGACUUGAACCCGUCACCCACUCUGAAUGGGCUUCACCCAUUUGGCCAGUCAAAAAGAAAACGGGCGGAAUUCGAGUAGUUGUCGACUUCCGCAAAAUAGUCAACCCUUGUCUUAGAUUAGAUCAUUACCCGUUACCUAGAUUAGAGGACAUUUGGUCCAAACUAGCAAAUUGUAACUUCUUCACCAAAAUUGAUCUCACAGAAGCAUACUUGCAACUGAAAGUUACCGAUGAUAGUAAAGAAAUUCUCACGAUCAACACACCCUGGGGAUUAUUUCAAUUUAACAGACUAAUUUACGGUAUCAACAGCGGAUCAUCAAUUUUUCAAUCUAUAAUUGACCGCAUAUUAAGUAAUCUCCCCUGGUGUGGAGUCUUUAUAGAUGACAUUGUAUUUGGCGACAAAACUAUUGAUUGA